AUGAGUCGUUAUUUUCUUCAAAAGAAAGAUAAUGAUAAUAUAUCGGAUGUUGAACGUAAGCGAACCGAUCAUUGGUUUCUAGGAGCUAUUGGUUUAGCAUUAAUUCCGGCAGAUAUUGUUGAAAGUACAUGGGUGGAUAUUAUAGAUUUACAUACUCCAGAUUAUGCCGAUGCUGUUACAUUUAACGACUAUCUGGUUCAGGCAUACGUUGAUAGAGAUGUUACAUUAUUUGAGAUUGAAACAUGGAAUGCUAAUAAUGCCAUCUUAAAUGAUUUACCGAGAACCAACAAUCACGUUGAAGGUUACAAUAGUCGCUUAGAAAGUAUUUUUCCAUUGCACCCGCAUAUUUUUGAAUUUGUUGAAUUAUUAUGUGAUGAACAUGUAUAUCAACAUUAUCAAGCUGAAGAAUCCGAUAUUCAGACGCCAAAACGAAAAAAAAUCUAUAAUGACAUUGAUAAUAAACUAAAGCAAUUACUUAUUAGUCAUAGUGGUGGUGUGCUGACUAAUGUUCAAUUAGCUAUUAAAUGUGGUAGAGCUGUGAAAACAAAUCCGACUAAAAAAUAA